AUGCCCAUUUCCUCUCGUUGGCAUCUCUCCAUCCCUCCCAUCUCCCUUCCAUCCUACCUUUUCACUUCCUCCACUCAUCCGCUACCAGAUAAACCGGCGUUUAUCGACGCUGCGAAUCCUUCUAACCUUCUCACUCACUCAGAUUUCCGACUCUAUUCCCAAAGAUUAGCUGCUGGAUUAAUUAAAAAUGGAUUACAACCAGGUGAUCGAGUAUUACUCUUUUCAAGUAAUAAUCUGUUCUUUCCAGUAAUUAUCAUGGGAAUUAUUAUAGCAGGAGGAAUCUUUACAGGUGCAAACCCAGGGUUUGUGGAAAGGGAACUGGCUUAUCAACUAAGUGAUUGUGGAGCAAAGUUCCUACUUUGCGGUGAGGAAAGUUUGGAAGUCGGGAUCAAAGCAGCGGGGAAAGCGGGCUUGGGGAGGGAGAAUAUAUUUAUAUUUGAGGAUGUCAGCAAGGAUGUUGAUGGGAAAAAAGACGGAAUGGAAGGAAUAAGGAGUUGGUGGGAACUACUGGAGAGUGAGGAGGUAGGGAGAAAGUUUCAAUGGAAGGAGGAUUUUGAUCCAAAGGAAACGGUUUGUUGUUUAAAUUAUAGUUCUGGUACAACUGGUGUACCUAAGGGGGUGAUGAUAACGCAUUAUAAUUACGUUGCAAACUCGAUGCAAUAUAGACAUUUACAUGAACUUCAUCCUGAAACGCCAGAAAGAAAUAAGAAAGCAAAAUGGUUAUGUUUCCUUCCUUUGUACCAUGCAAUGGGUCAAACAAUUUUCGGAGCUGUGGCGCCUAAACGAGGUAUUCCGGUUUAUAUCAUGAAGAAAUUUGAUUUCAGGAAUUUGUUGGAAGCAGUGCAAAAGUAUAAGAUUACUUCAUUGAACAUGGUGCCUCCAAUUGUUGUUAUGCUCGUCAAAUCGCCGCUCACUAAACAAUACGAUCUUAGUAGCGUGAUUGAUAUGACAUCUGGUGCUGCACCACUCAGUGGUGAAGUGAUAGAUGCGGCAGAGAAGCUGUGGCCAAGUGGGAAAGUCAAACUUGCUCAAGGAUGGGGAAUGACUGAAGCGACUUGUUCUCUUCUAGGCUGUGAUACUCGACAUGAUCCUAUACCAAACUCAGUAGGCGAACUUAACGCCAAUUGUCAUGCGAAGAUUGUGGAUCCGGAGACAUUAGAGGAACUCAAACAAGGUGAACGGGGCGAGAUUUGGGUUCAAGCACCUAAUAUAAUGAAAGGCUAUUGGAACAAACCUUCUGCCACUCAGGAAACUCUAAUUGAUUCUCCAUCCGGCAUCUGGCUUCGUACGGGAGAUAUCGCUUACGUCGAUUCUCAAAACCAUUUCUUCAUCGUUGAUCGAAUGAAAGAACUUAUCAAAGUAAAGGGUAAUCAAGUAGCUCCUGCGGAAUUGGAAGCACUAUUACUAGAACAUCCAGAGAUUGCGGAUGCAGCCGUGAUCGGAGUAAUGAUCGGAGAUGGAGAAGUACCCAGGGCUUAUAUUGUGAAGAGUGGCGGGAGUGGAAACAGACUAAAUGCGGAAGAAGUGAUGGAAUGGGUGGAAAAGAGGACUAGCAGGUUCAAGUGGUUGAAGGGCGGUGUGGAGUUCGUAGAGACAAUUCCCAAGAAUCCAAGCGGGAAAAUAUUGAGGAAGUUAUUGAGAGAGAAAGCAAAGGAAGAGAUCAGUAAGAAUAACGUUAAAGCUCGACUUUGA